ACAAAGGGGAAGGAGGAGAAGCGCUUAAAGCGGCGGGAGCGGGUGCGGGAGUGGGGUUGGACCCAGGGCUGAGGCAGGCCCCCCCUCCCUCCCGCCUCAGUGGAUCAUGCCCAGGGCGGCAGCGGCGGCGGUUGCGGGGGGGGGGAAGUGACUGGGCGGUGCCGGCGCAGGAGACGAUGCCGUUUCCAGUUACAACGCAGGGAUCACAACAAACACAGCCGCCGCAGAAGCACUAUGGCAUUACUUCUCCCAUCAGCUUAGCAGCCCCCAAGGAGACCGACUGCGUACUCACACAGAAACUGGUUGAGACACUGAAGCCCUUUGGGGUUUUUGAAGAGGAGGAGGAGCUGCAGCGCAGGAUUUUAAUUUUGGGAAAAUUAAAUAACCUGGUUAAAGAGUGGAUACGAGAAAUCAGUGAAAGUAAGAAUCUUCCGCAAUCUGUGAUUGAAAACGUUGGAGGAAAAAUUUUUACAUUUGGAUCUUACAGAUUAGGAGUACAUACAAAAGGUGCCGAUAUUGAUGCGUUGUGUGUUGCACCAAGACAUGUUGAUCGAAGUGACUUUUUCACCUCAUUCUAUGAUAAGUUGAAAUUACAAGAAGAAGUAAAAGAUUUAAGAGCUGUCGAAGAGGCAUUUGUACCAGUUAUCAAACUCUGUUUUGAUGGCAUAGAGAUUGAUAUUUUGUUUGCACGAUUAGCACUGCAGACUAUUCCAGAAGAUUUGGACCUACGAGAUGAUAGUCUGCUUAAAAAUUUAGAUAUAAGAUGCAUAAGAAGUCUUAACGGUUGCAGGGUAACCGAUGAAAUUUUACAUCUAGUACCAAACAUUGACAACUUCAGGUUAACUCUGAGAGCUAUCAAACUGUGGGCCAAACGCCACAACAUCUAUUCCAAUAUAUUAGGUUUCCUCGGUGGUGUUUCCUGGGCUAUGCUAGUAGCAAGAACUUGCCAGCUUUAUCCAAAUGCAAUAGCGUCAACUCUUGUACAUAAAUUUUUCUUGGUAUUUUCUAAAUGGUAUGUGUUUAGAUUAUAUUAAAAUAAAAUUGAUUGU